AUGCCAGCUAUUGAAAGACUAGCCAUGAUUCAAAGCCAAAUAGAGCAAGACCAAAGGCGGUAUAUCCCUUCAUUUCCAUAUAUGUCAAGAGAAGAACGUGCCAAAUAUGAUCCAGAAAAGUUUUAUAAAAAAACAUUCAACAAACUUCCCCCAUCUCCAUUUUUAGUUCAUGGUUUACCACGUCAAGAUGAGCAGAUUUCCUUACAGCAAACAUCUGCAAAACUACCAUCAUCUUCCCCAAGUUCAAGAUUACAUUCUCCAACACCACCGCUUUCCCGAGUAACUUCUCCUGAUUUGACAAAAACGGAAAAGAAACUAACUUUGGAAGAAUUGGUUAUUGGUUUUAAUAAAGAAAAAAUAUUAUGUAUAAAUCAAAAUCUGGAAAAGAUGGAAAUCAAGGAUACAACAAUUUUACAAGAAAACAUUAAUGAUAUAUCAGAGGAAAAAGUUUCAGAAGAAUAUGACGUAGUAAUAUUGAAUGAAUUGGGUCAGAAAGCAAACUUGGAAUUGAGUAAAUUUUUAAAAUCUAUUCAUGAAGAUGUUAUUGUUGUAAUAAGAGAUGAACAAAAACCUGAUUCUGAAGAUGAAAAAACUUCCCAAUAUGAUUACUACGUAGAUCUAGGUAAUAUUGUACUCGAGACCCCAGAAAAUGAGAACUCCGUGAGUUAA